GGGGGGAGAAGGGGGGAGAUCAUCGUGGCAUUGAUUGAUAAAAAGCCACCCCCUUCUACGCGUGAUCGAAAGGGAUUUUUCUUUUCAUAACAAAACAAAAUAACUGAAUAUCAAGCACACCUACAUACCAACUAGAUGUAGUACAGUUGUAACCUCGAUAAUAGUAGUAAUCUCCGUAUCGCGUUUGAAUAGGUACCUACCCAUUCAUCUUCAGGUACGCGGUAGCAAUAAUACUUUUGGUGUAGCUGUUACGCAACAUCUAAAAUGCAGUAAGAUGGUCAUUAUGCAGGGAGGCUGUGAUUUUUGUUCCCUCUCAUUUCUUCUCUUUCCUCCUCUCCAACAAAACAUUUUCAUUUGCCUAUUCGUAGAUGGUUAGCCAUGUCGUACGCGUCCUCGUCACCCUCAGCUCUUCUGGGCAACCAAUUCGGAGGCGAUAAGAAUAUCAUGAGCUGCAGGGGCCGGAUACACAAGAUAUCAACGAUCAAUGAGUUUCUUAGGCUGAACAAACAAAACUGGACUGUUCAGAUAAAAGAAUCGAUGAAUCGAUGAAUCGAACUGAUCAAAUCGACUGGCCCCGUUUGGACCCUGCGUCGGUACCAAGGCUCGACAUGCGCAACCGAGCGAUUUGCAUACAACAAUACUAUCCCACCUGUCAUACUAUUCACACCUCUCUAUGCAACCUCACUGCAUGAUUUUACUUGCCUGCGUAUUUAUUUCUCUCGCUCCUGGUACUGCUCAUAUCCAGAUCCCUCAAGAAUUAGUAUCUUUAAGUACAUGUAGUUCUCAGCCUCCCGCUUCUUUUCCUCGGCUUCUCAACUCGAUCCUUCGAUCCUGUUUGCUACCAAGACUGUGGGUGGGAUACAGGCUACAAGCCUUAGUACAAGGUAGGUAGAUGUAUGUAGAGCUCCGCCCGAGCCAGUCCAUGAUAAUCAGAAUUGGAGUAGCAAUGUAGCAUACAUGUAAAUGAAAUACAUGUAUUGAAUGUCUUCAACAUGUAAUUAGGUAUUAUGUAGUUACUGGUAUGUAGUUUAAGAGAUUAUCUGGGACUAUCGCGGUAUGAAGGCCUGAAGUGGAUA